GCACAAACCAUGAAUUACGUUGGGCAGUUAGCAGGCCAAGUAUUUGUUACUGUGAAGGAGCUCUACAAGGGAUUAAAUCCUGCCACGCUAUCUGGAUGUAUUGAUAUAAUUGUUGUACGUCAGCCAGAUGGAAAUCUUCAAUGUUCCCCUUUCCAUGUGCGCUUUGGGAAAAUGGGGGUUCUGCGUUCUAGAGAGAAAGUGGUUGACAUAGAAAUUAAUGGAGAACCUGUAGAUUUGCACAUGAAACUAGGAGACAAUGGAGAGGCAUUUUUUGUACAGGAAAUGGACAAUGAUCAGGAGGUAAUUCCUUACCACCUUGCUACCUCCCCCAUUCUAUCAGAGGGAGCUGCUCUGAUGGAAUCACAGCUGAAGAGGAACUUGAUGGACAGGGUGAGGAACCUGGACUCCACUGGAUCCUCACAGGUAUCAAUCCCCGGGCUUGCUUCCCAGUCUGCUAUAGAAAGCUCCUCGAUUUGUGUCUCUGUGAAGAAAAGAAGGAAGAGGAGGAGGAAAUCUACCCAUAAACUUGACAGUUUAAAAAGAGAAGUCAAUGGAGACACAUCAGAAGAUGAAGAAAUGUUUUCUAUACAGAUUAGUUCAGAGGAAGAGAAUGAGCCCGUGGACAAUAUGAGGAUAUCUGUUAUGGAUGAGUUUAGUGAAGAAGUGUCUGAAAUAAAUGCUUCUGCAAUCAGUAUGCUUUCGCAGUCUGCACCAUAUACCCAUUCAGAUGGAGAGUGGUCACCCCUUCAGAGUAAGCCUAUAGAUUGCACAGGGCCAUCCUCUCAUCUCACUGUUCCAGCAGAUGGAGGCCUAUCUAGUUCUUGUCCUCAUCAAUCCUCUCACUUCCCUGCUACAGACAGUCCCUCAGGUUCACGCCCUCCCACUCCUAAGAGUGAUUCAGAAUUAGUCAGUAAAUCUUUGGACAGGGGGAUGCAGAAGAAUAACCCACAAAUGCACUGGGCCUGGGGAGAACUACCUCAAGCUGCAAAGUCCACUUCUCUACUCAAGGCAAAGGAAUCCAGCAUGGUGAAUAUAAAUCCUUCAGAAAGCACUCAUUUUCGGGUAAUUCAAAGUGAGUCUGCAGAGGAGAUAAGCAGCUUGACUGCUUUACCUGCCAUUGGACAGGCAGCUGUUGCGGCUUCUGAUGUAAAUGACCCCGAGCCAGUGCCAGCUGAGAUAAAUGAACCAGAGAUAGAGGCUCUAGGAGCAGCUGCACCAGCACUGCCUGCAAAUGAAGAAAUCAAACAAGCUACCACUUGCUUAGUCCAGCAAGCAAGCAAAAUAGAUUCCCCUUCUAGAAAGAAAGAUAAACGAAGCCGGCAUCUUGGUGCUGAUGGUGUCUAUUUAGAUGACCUCACUGACAUGGAUCCAGAAGUUGCUGCGCUUUAUUUCCCCAAAAACGGUGAUAAUAUUGCACAUGGAAAGAAUGCAAAUGAAAAUGGAGCACGGUCGGCCAAUCAGUCCCCUCACUCUGGUGGAAGUUCAGGUGUUGACAGUGGUGUUGAAGGCGUCUCAGAUGGAAUAAGAGACUUGCCUUCAAUUGCCAUUUCACUCUGUGGAGGUCUUAGUGACAACAAAGAGAUAACAAAAGAUCAGUUCUUAGAACAAGCAGUAACAUAUCAGCAGUUUGUGGACAAUCCUGCUAUCAUUGACGACCCCAACCUUGUGGUUAAGAUUGGAAAUAAGUACUACAACUGGACAACAGCUGCUCCACUUCUACUGGCAAUGCAAGCAUUCCAGAAACCUUUGCCAAAGGCCACUGUGGAAUCAAUUAUGAGGGAUAAGAUGCCCAAGAAAGGCGGAAGAUGGUGGUUUUCAUGGCGAGGGAGGAAUAGCACUAUCAAAGAGGAAACCAAGCCAAUGCAAGAUUUGAGUGGGAAUGUGCUUACUACAGAAGAGGAGUCAUCACAAAUGAGCAUUGCAGACAGAUUAAAGGAUGAAUCUUCUUCAAGUGAUGAAGACCCGAGAGCUGCAAAACCAAACAUUGGGUCAUUACAAACAAACUCAAGUCAUCUCUCAUUAUUGUCAGGAAUCAGUUACAAAAAGACCCUUCGACUCACUUCUGACCAGCUUAAAAGUCUAAAGCUCAAGAAUGGCCCUAAUGAUGUGAUCUUUAGUGUUACGACACAAUAUCAAGGCACGUGCCGCUGUGAAGGCACCAUCUACUUAUGGAAUUGGGAUGACAAGGUUAUUAUUUCUGACAUCGAUGGAACUAUCACAAGGUCGGAUACUUUAGGCCAUAUUUUGCCCACUCUUGGCAAGGAUUGGACGCACCAAGGGAUUGCAAAGUUGUACCAUAAAGUGAGCCAAAACGGGUACAAAUUUCUGUAUUGCUCGGCACGUGCUAUAGGAAUGGCAGACAUGACCAGAGGAUAUUUGCACUGGGUCAACGAACGAGGAACAGUGCUACCUCAAGGACCUGUGUUGUUAAGUCCAAGCAGCUUGUUCUCAGCCUUUCACAGGGAAGUGAUAGAAAAGAAGCCAGAAAAAUUUAAAGUUCAGUGUCUGACAGACAUCAAACAUUUGUUUCAUCCGAACACAGAACCCUUUUAUGCUGCCUUUGGAAACAGACCUGCCGAUGUUUAUUCCUACAAGCAAGUGGGGGUCUCUUUAAACAGAAUAUUCACAGUUAAUCCCAAAGGAGAACUUAUACAAGAACAUGCAAAAACCAACAUCUCAUCUUACGUCAGACUCUGUGAGGUGGUUGAUCACCUGUUUCCUUUGCUGAAAAGAAGCCAUUCUUCAGACUUCCCUUGUUCUGAUACCUACAGUCAGUUCACGUACUGGAGGGAACCACUACCACCUUUUGAAAACCAGGAUAUUCAUCCAUCCUCAUCUUAA